AUGCUCAAUUUCACCGAUGUAACAGAGUUUAUUCUUUUGGGAUUAACCAGUUGUCAGGAAUGGCAAAUUCUCUUCUUCAUCGUGUUUCUCAUGGUCUAUAUUAUCACCAUGGUAGGCAAUAUUGGCAUGAUCAUGUUAAUUAAAGUCAGUCCACAGCUUAACAGCCCCAUGUACUUUUUCCUCAGUCAUUUGUCAUUUGUUGACGUUUGGUUUUCUUCCAGCGUCACCCCUAAAAUGUUGGAAAACCUUUUGUCAGAGACAAAAAUAAUUUCUUAUUCUCGUUGUUUAGUGCAGUGUUUUUUCUUUAUUGCCCUUGCCCAUGUAGAAAUUUUUAUUCUUGCUGUCAUGGCCUUUGAUAGAUGCAUGGCCAUUGGCAAUCCUCUACUCUAUGGCAGCAAAAUGUCAAGGGUUGUCUGUGUUCGACUGAUUUCAUUCCCUUACAUAUAUGGCUUUCUGACUAGUGUUGCAGCAACAUUAUGGACUUAUGGCUUGUACUUCUGUGGGAAAAUUGAAAUCAACCACUUCUACUGUGCAGACCCACCCCUCAUCAAAAUGGCCUGUGCUGGGACCUAUGUAAAAGAAUAUACAAUGAUCAUACUUGCUGGCAUUAACUUUACAUUUUCUUUGUCUAUAAUUAUCAUCUCUUAUCUAUUCAUUCUCAUUGCCAUUCUACGGAUGCGUUCAGUGGAAGGGAGGCGGAAGGCCUUCUCCACCUGUGGGUCCCAUCUGACAGCUGUCAUCAUAUUUUAUGGGACUCUUAUCUUCAUGUAUCUCAGACGUCCCACUGAGGAGUCCGUGGAGCAGGGGAAAAUGAUGGCUGUGUUUUAUACCACGGUGAUCCCCAUGCUGAAUCCCAUGAUCUACAGUCUGAGGAACAAAGACGUGAAAGAAGCCGUGAAGAAAGUAAUCACCACAACAUGUUUAGCGAAAUAA